AUGUCGUCCCGGGAGAACUCCUCGAACCUCAGAAGCCCCGAAAGCGAUGAGCAGAUUCAACCUAGCCAGCCUCUUCUUCAGCCCCCGAACUCCCAUCUAGGUCCGCCUUCCCACCCACCUCCAGACCCGUAUGGCGGCCCCGAGCAGUCUCUCAGUGUUCCCUUACCCCGAUACCCAUCACCGUAUCGUACGAGUGCAACUCUGUCAGCAAGCUCAUGCUAUUCGGAAGCACAAGAUGGAGAAUCCCCCGCCCCAUCCGAACAUCUCAACAAUGAGACGGGUUCGACAACCUCCAAACGCUGGGCAGCACGACAGAGGGCCACAUCGGGGAUAAUAAGGCGAUAUCCUACACGCCGAAUCAAGUUGGUCAAGGGAACGGUGUUGAGUGUUGAUCAUCCAGUCCCAAGUGCGAUUCGGAAUGCUGUACAGCAUAAAUAUCGAGACCUGGAAGGAGGCUCAUCUGAGGAGUUCACACAUAUGAGAUACACGGCAGCAACCUGCGAUCCCGAUGAAUUUACUUUGCAGCAUGGGUACAAUCUACGGCCGUCCAUGUAUAAUCGGCAUACCGAAAUGUUGAUUGCAAUUACAUACUACAAUGAGGAUAAAGUUCUGACUGCCAGAACCCUGCAUAGUGUCAUGCAGAACGUGCGUGAUAUAGUCAAUCUCAAGAAAACUGAGUUUUGGAACAAGGGAGGUCCGGCAUGGCAGAAGAUCGUUGUCUGUCUCGUAUUCGACGGCAUCAAGCCAUGCGACAAGAAUACUCUUGACCUAUUGGCUACGGUCGGCAUCUAUCAGGACGGCGUGAUGAAGCAUGAUGUUGAUGGAAGAGAAACAGUUGCCCAUAUUUUUGAGUACACAACUCAAUUAUCAGUCACUCCAACACAGCAACUAAUACGACCUUUGGGGGAUGAUCCAACAAAUCUACCACCCGUACAAAUGAUGUUCUGUCUCAAGCAGAAGAACAGCAAAAAAAUCAACUCACACCGCUGGCUCUUCAACGCAUUUGGGCGAAUCCUGAACCCUGAGAUAUGUAUAUUGAUCGACGCUGGCACAAAACCUGGACAUAAGUCUCUCCUAGAGUUGUGGGAAGCAUUUUAUAAUGACCGACAUCUUGGCGGCGCAUGCGGCGAGAUCCACGCCCUUCUCGGCCGUGGCUGGAGAAACGUCCUCAACCCACUAGUCGCUGCGCAGAAUUUCGAAUAUAAAAUCUCCAACAUUCUCGACAAACCGCUCGAGAGCAGUUUCGGCUACGUGAGCGUUCUCCCGGGGGCGUUCUCUGCAUAUCGAUAUAGAGCUAUCGUUGGCCGACCGCUCGAACAGUACUUUCACGGUGAUCAUACGCUCUCCGAAAGACUUGGCAAGAAAGGAAUCGAGGGGAUGAAUAUCUUCAAAAAAAACAUGUUUCUAGCAGAAGAUCGGAUUCUAUGCUUUGAGCUGGUUGCGAAAGCAGGAUGCCAAUGGAAACUCACCUACGUGAAGGCUUCGAAGGGAGAAACGGACGUCCCCGAGGGCCCAGCAGAGUUCCUCAGUCAACGGCGGCGCUGGUUGAAUGGCUCGUUCGCAGCGAGUCUGUAUGCGACUAUGCAUUUUAACCGUAUCUAUAGAAGUGGGCACAGUUACAUUCGAUUGUUAGCCUUCCACGUUCAGCUGAUUUACAAUAUCUGCCAGCUUGUGAUGACAUGGUUCUCUUUAGCAUCAUACUGGCUCACUAGUUCUGUUAUCAUGGACAUCGUCGGAACACCAAGUGCAGUCAACCACAACAAAAGUUGGCCAUUCGGAGCAGAUGUCACUCCGAUAUUGAAUAAUACGUUCAAGAUAGGAUAUCUGGCGUUUCUCAUGCUCCAGUUCAUCUUAGCACUGGGAAAUAGACCCAAAGGGGCCUAUAUUCUCGUCCUAUCUUUCUACCUGGUCGCACAAGCACUCACAGGCGACAAUCUGAAGUUCAACUUCUCCGACGGCGUGGGCGUCUUCCUGACAUCGUUCAUCAACUCAACCGGCGGCCUCGUCCUAGUCGCUCUGAUAUCCACCUACGGGAUUUACCUGAUAGCUUCCAUUCUCUACCUCGAUCCCUGGCACAUGCUCACUUCGUCUUGGGCAUAUUUCCUCGGCAUGCCAUCUUCGAUAAAUAUCCUGAUGGUAUAUGCUUUUUGCAAUUGGCACGACGUAUCCUGGGGUACGAAGGGUUCUGAUAAGGCUGAUGAACUGCCAUCAGCGCAAACGAAAUCUGAUGCACAGACAGCAUUCGUUGAAGAGAUCGACAAGCCACAGGCUGAUAUUGAUGUUCAAUUUGAACAGACGGUCAAGCGGGCAUUGGCACCGUGGCGAGAGCCGGAAGAAAAGGCCGAAGUCAAUCUGGAUGACUCCUACAAGUCGUUCCGGACGAAUCUCGUAUUGCUGUGGACAUUUAGCAAUGGUCUUUUGGCACUGUGCAUUAACAAUGAAGGGAUGAAACAGCUUUGUCUAUCGACGACCUCAACGCUGCGCACAGCGUGGUAUUUCAAGGUUAUUCUCUGGGGUACAUCGGGUCUUUCUAUCUUUCGAUUUUUCGGGGCACUCUGGUUUCUCGCGAAGACGAAUGUGCUUUGCUGCUUCUACAGGCGUUGA